GACGCAUCCUUUGAUGUUGGGUGAGGAUUUUUUGAGCACUUCGCAGUCUGAAUAGUCACAAGACAAAGAUGGCAUCAAGCAGUACAAGCAGCGAAGAAGAGCGGAGUCUCAGAGAGUGUGAGCAGUAUGUCCAGAAGCACAACAUCCAGCAGCUGCUCAAGGACUGCAUCAUCCAGCUGUGCACUUCCCGGCCUGACCGCCCCAUGGCCUUCCUCAGAGACUACUUUGAAAGACUGGCGAAGCAGGAGGAGGCCCAGCAGAUGGCUUCACAGCAGAAGUCCAGCUCAUGGUCAGACUCUCGUGAGGAUGAAGUUUCUCCUCCCAUGAACCCUGUGGUGAGAGGUCGGAGCCGGAGAGGAGCCAUCAGUGCUGAGGUGUACACAGAGGAAGACGCUGCCUCCUAUGUCAGAAAGGUCAUUCCAAAAGACUAUAAGAGCAUGGCUGCCCUGGCUAAAGCCAUGGAGAAGAACGUUCUGUUUGCCCACUUGGACGACAAUGAAAGGAGUGACAUUUUUGACGCAAUGUUUUCGGUCAACUACAUUGCUGGAGAAACAGUCAUCCAGCAAGGUGAUGAGGGAGACAACUUCUAUGUUAUCGACCAGGGAGAGAUGGAUGUAUAUGUGAACAAUGAGUGGGUGACCAGUAUUGGUGAGGGAGGUAGUUUUGGGGAGCUGGCUCUGAUCUACGGGACCCCCCGUGCGGCUACAGUCCGGGCCAAGACCGAUGUCAAGCUGUGGGGCAUCGACAGAGACAGCUACAGGAGAAUACUGAUGGGGAGCACUUUGAGAAAACGCAAGAUGUACGAGGAGUUCCUCAGUAAGGUGUCCAUUUUAGAGUCUCUGGAUAAGUGGGAGCGUCUGACGGUGGCUGACGCCUUGGAGACGGUGCAGUUUGAGGACGGGCAGAAAAUUGUGGUGCAGGGUGAGCCCGGCGACGAGUUCUUCAUCAUUCUGGAGGGAACGGCAGCGGUGCUUCAGAGGCGGUCAGAGGACGAGGAGUUCGUGGAGGUCGGCAGACUCGGACCGUCAGAUUACUUUGGCGAGAUCGCCUUGUUGAUGAACCGGCCCCGCGCUGCCACCGUCGUGGCGUGCGGGCCCCUCAAGUGCGUCAAACUGGACCGGCCGCGGUUUGAGCGAGUCCUGGGUCCCUGCUCUGACAUCCUGAAGAGAAACAUCGAGCAGUACAACAGCUUCGUUUCCCUCUCUGUCUGAGCUCGUCUGCACUCAGACCCUUGUACUGUAGGGUCCACCAGCGCAAAUCUGCUUUAUUUUCCUACUCUCCUACUCUCUUUCACAUAUGUAACCACACCCACAACGACUCCCCACCACCACCACCAGGUCACGUAAAUACAUCUGUUACUCUUAUUUCCUAUUUAUUGUAUUUUUAUGUAUAUGUACUCAGAAGAUGGGAUUUGUUUUCUGUGAGGAGUUUUUGAGGUCACACACAGAUGAGAGUGUUACUGACCUGAAGCUGUAAUCUCAGUACCACAUAGGUGUUUGCAUACACUUUGAGCAUAUAGCUGAAAUGAAAUAAUGCAGUAUGUUUGACUGACUGUGCAUUCACGCUGUGAUCCCUGUCAACUCAGAGGGCAUGGAGAUGUGGGUGGUGUAAAACUCCAGUUCCACAGUCUGAUGGGAAUAAUAAUGAAAAAAAUGACCAAAAAUGUUACAUUAUUGGUUUUUUUUUUUGUUUUCUUUUACAGUAUUAAGUCAAAAACCGUUGACAGUGUGAAUGCACAGUUCGUGACUUCAUUCUUUUCUGUUUGUCGAUGUUUUGUAGAAGUGUUUUCGACGGGAGGCAGCUGGCGUCCACGCUGAAACAUCUCAGCGACACUUUCAACAUUUCAGUUCGGUCAAUACUUUGGUUGAUGACCAGAUACCAGCAAAACUAAUGAACAUUCCCAUCAGCCUCAGCUGUACUUUAUGUUUACUGCUAAUCCGCAAAUGUUAGCAUGCUAACACACGGAAGUGCUAAGCGUGAUAUCCGCUAAAACCUCAGUAUCAUUGUUACUGGGGAAAUGUUAGCAUGCUGUCAUUAGCAUUUAGCUCAAAGUACUGCCUCACAGCAAGCAUGGCUGUAGACUCUGUUUUUAAAUGGAUUCAUAUUGUGGUCUUGGUUUACCUUGUAGACCUUUGAUUUGUAGACCUUUGGUUUGAGAGUCCUAGAAGCCAUACACCUACGCUGUGGAGGAUGAUUUUUAUCCAGGAAGAGAGAAAAAAAUGUAUAUUUCCAAUUAAGUUUAACCGCCUAGCUUCACGUCCCAACAUUUAACUGAUAACAAAGUGAAUAAGGAUAAUGACAUUUUCAGUAACAUUUUCUCUUCGUUUUCCUUCAGCUCUUUAACUUUAUCUUUCUGCAGACGUCCUUUAAACCCACAGACAUCACGUGCUCUUAGGUUGUCCUGUUUUACGGCUCUGCUACAAAUCUAUAUAUGGAGAGGAAAUGAUAUUUUUUUGCUCAUUUUGUGAUACACAAAUCUUUUAUUAUCAGAGGAAAUGUUUAUAAUGCAGUUAGAUUCACCGUUUAGGGUCCAUUAGAUCCUGUCAUUUAAAGGCAGUGCAGGUCAAUGAUACAAAAAAAACUUCAACAACAACAACAGCCAAAAAAGGGUGAUGCCGUUAGAUGAGCGCUCUGUCAAUCAUUAUUCUCGCACUAAUACAUGGAUGACAUCUUGGUUGAGUAUACAUUGAGCUCCAUACUGGACACUGGAGCCUGCAUCAUUUCCCAUGAUGCAGUACCAUCUUUGAUUUGAACCCCCUGUGCCUGCUAAACACCCAGAGCUUUUACAACUCCCUGCCAUUUUGGUUUUGGUUUCCUCAGACCUGAGAACCACAGAAGGAUUCAAACAGCUGUAUGUUCCACAGCCGAACAGUUCUGCUACUGAUGAGGAUCUUAAUGUGGUCUAAACAGAUGCAUCCAUACAAGAGCUUUACCUAAAAUUCAGCCCACAUGUAAACUUGUGCAUUUGGAUGUUCAGUCCUUGCCUUACACUCACUGCUGAUGCUUCUGUGUUCUGUUCCCUGUUCUCACACUUGUGUUUUCCCGCACUCAUUCAACGCACUUGGUGUUAAAGCGUUUCUGAUCUGUUUUUCAAAGAUGUCUUAUUCAGUAGUAUUGCAUACUUACAUCUUGGUACUGUAUUUUUUUUUCUUAUCAGCUGUGUUUUGUUAAACCUACAGUAUUUCUCAUUCACUGGAUGGUCAAGAGCUGAGAUACUGAGCGCAAACGUGUAGUGCCGUCUUCUCUUAGAGACCCGGGUUGUUGUGCAGAAGCCUGCAGUAGAUAAGUCGAGCUGCAGCCAGUCUCUGCUGAGGACCAUUUUCUAUAGUUUUUUUAUGCUUUUUCGUCUUCGAUUGAUUGGAGUGACUGCGCUUAAACGCUGGCGUGUUUUGGGGUUUCUCUGUCGGAUUUCUUCACAGCAGGUCAAAGCAAUAAAAAGAGAUCAGUGUUUU